AUGGCUUCUUCAUUGAAAGGACCCAAUACACAAGUGUCAGACUUUACCUUACAAAGACGUACACAGGCUUUAUCUCGACUCUACAAGCUGGCCUUUGUGUCUAUUGGUGUUUCCUGUGUAUCAAUGGUCCUAGGAAUUGUUAUAUUGGUCCUCUCUAGCGGCGCCGAUUUCCCCGUUAUAUCUGGGGCUCCUUUGUGGGCGGGAGCAGUGUUUUCAGUGACUGGCGUGUUAGGUAUUCUGGCAUCAAAAGAAGACGUGCGUUAUGGGUUUAUACCACCUCCAAGAACACGAUGCUUGUUGAUCUCCCACUACACCCUUUGUAUCACAUGCUUUAGUGUAUGUGGAAUAUGCUUCGGUUACUCUAUAGGAAGUGUUACUAUGUGUUCGUCAUCAAAAGAAAAUUGCGGCACAAACGCAGACCAACAAAUCAUCCUUAACUUCAUCGCUAUUUUCAUCGCUUUCUUCAUGGUCAUAUGUGUUUUCCUUGGAUCCAUAUUUUUCUGUGUCUAUAAAAAGACAUUCGGACUGUACAGUCCGAGAGAAAUGCUUUUUCAAAGCAGAAUCGCUGAUUUAGAGGACAGGAUUCGAACUAUGGAAAACCAGAACUAUCAACAACAGACGCAGGAUGGCUUUGGAGGUCAAUACAGCUACAAUAGCUUCUCUACCCCCACCGCCCCUCCACCAGCUUAUUCCAAGUGAAUACUGACAA